AUGUGGGAAGCUAAGAAGCCCUCUGAUGAUCAACCCAAGCAAACAACUGGUGAAUCUGGUGAAUUCGAACACAAACCACCUCCGAAGUCAAAAUAUCUGAAGGGUAAUGAAGCUUUGAUAUCAAAAGGCAAAGGAAAUAUUACUGAUGAUGAUGAAGAUCUAUCCAAAGGGGCUAAGCUUAAACAGAAGAAACAUGAUCAAGAGAUCGAUGAAGCCCUUCGCAUUGCAAAAGAAGCUGAAGCUAGGGAAAAGGAGGCUCGUGAAGCUCAAGUCACUUUGGAAACCCAAAAGUCUUUUUUCCCUACCUAG